UGUAUAUGAAUGGUCGAGGUCGCUAGAAUAUUGGCUUUUUCUCUCCUCCCUGUCACACCACUAUAAUCAUGGUGUCCUUCAAAAUGUUUCGUCGAAAUGCGUCAACAAACGUCGAUGUCCGAUCUCCGGAGGAGAAGGCUUUGGUCCGACGCCUUGACAUGUUCCUGAUGACUUUCGGCUGUCUUUCACAGGUUAUCAAAUAUCUCGAUCAACAGAAUAUUAACAAUGCCUACGUAUCUGGCAUGAAGGAGGAUUUGAAUUUGCUCGGAAAUGAGCUUAAUCUAUUUACAACAUAUUUUAACGCCGCCUACUGUGUAAUGCUAAUUCCCUCCCAAAUCAUCCUCACCUACGUACGCCCAAGUUAUUGGCUCCCGGGCUUGGAGAUUGCAUGGGGUGUUCUGACCGGAUUGAUCGCGAUGACAACGAACGCAAAACAAGUCUACGUUCUCCGUGUCUUCCUCGGUCUAUGCGAAAGUAGCGCUUGGCCAGGAAUGAUGACAUUAUUCAUGUACUGGUAUACCCCAACGGAACUCGCCAAGCGAAUGGGAUUCUACCACUCCUGCCAAGCAGUCGGCCAAAUGCUCUCGGGCGCGAUGCAAGCCGCAAUCACCGACACUCUCGACGGACACAGUGGACUAGCAGGAUGGCGCUGGCUAUUCGUGGUCAACGCCAUUAUCACGGUAAUCUGGGGAUUCGCAGGUUUCGUCAUGCUCCCCGAUCUACCAAACCGACCUAACCCGCGCGCGUUCUGGUUCAAGAAAGUUCACGGCGAGCUUUCGCUAGAACGCCUCGCGCGCAACGGCCGCGCCGAGCCAAAGAAGAUGACUUGGGCCGGCGUGAAGCGCACGUUCUCGGGAUGGGUUGUUUACUUCAUUGCGAUUCUGUAUAUCGCAACGGUUCUGGGAACAUACGGAUAUGUUUAUUUCGGGCUGUUCCUGAAGUCGCUCAAGAACCCAGAUGGGAGCGCGAGAUGGACUGUUACGCAGGUCAACGCUAUCCCCAUUGGAGGAUCUGCGAUCAACGUUGUGUUUGUGUGGAUCUGGGCUCUGUUAUCUGAUUACUUUGAGACACGUUGGACACUCAUCGUUCUUCAAGCGGUUAUCGGGAUCGUCCCGUGUAUCAUCAUGAGCAUUUGGACUACACACCCGGUGUCGGUGGAUUUAACUGCUGCUUAUGCAUCAUACUUCAUCUCGUAUAUUUGUCUUGGCACGGCGCCGUUGAUCUUCGCCUGGCUCUCUGAUCUUAUCCCGCAGGAUCCAGAGGCGCGAUCUCUUGUUGUCGGCGUUGCUGUUGCUGGGUACUAUGCCAUUUCUUCGUGGUCACAGGUUCUCGUCUGGCCUGCGAGUCAAGCACCGUUUUAUAAAUAUGGGUGGCAGUCUGCCUUGGCCUUGUUGGUUCUUGUGAUUAUUAUGACGAGCAUUUUGAGAUUUGUGGAUGUGCGGUACCUCCUACCAAAGCGCGAGGAAUUCCGCGCUGUGUUGGAAGAAGAUAUUAUUGCGAGUAAAGGGGCUGGUCCGUCAGUGUCUGCAGAUCAGAUCGAAGGCCAGCAUCGGAAAGAUGGAAGCUCGAAGGUGUCUGCCACAUCAAAUGUGCAUGAAGUUUAG